AUGGCUGCAGCGACUGGAACUCAAUCAAGAGAACACUUGGCCCUCCUCACCUUAACACUGGCUGCGAUAGCGCCCCCUUUGGCCAUCCGCAACAUUCAGGCCACGCACUCCUCACCUCAGUCGACUCUCAAAGAUCGAUCACGCACUCAAACUUGGCUCCUUGAGCACGCUGGGGCCCGGAAUUCCGAUGAUACCGACCCCGCAAACACGGGUGGAUUGUUUGAGUAUUCGCCAGCGGAAGAGAAGCGACUGGUCUGGAAGAUCGAUUGGUGGACCUUAUCGAGCUUGGGGAUGCUUUAUGGUGUUUCGACACUCGAUCGUGCUAAUCUGCUGAAUGCGAAAUUGUUCGCGUUUGAAAGUGCGUUGGAUGUGACACCGGAGCAGUGUCUGGCUACUAGCCCCGAUGUUUAUUUGGGACUGCACCACGUUUGGGUUAGCCUAGACAAAGGACCUGCACCUCCUCUCCGUGGGUCGAUUCUUCUUCGGUGUCGCGGAACCAGCGCUCGUCCCCGGUGUCCUAAUCUACAUCUCUAUGUUUUUUAUAAGCGAUCCGAGCAGACCUUCCGGAUGGCGAUACUUCAAGCUUUCAUCUCGUGCGGGAUAGGAAAUUUGGAUGGGAAACUGGAUCUUCAGAGUUGGCAAUGGACUUUUGUUGUGGAGAGUUUGGUGACGGUUCUGUCGGCGGGGAUUAGGAACGAUACAAAGGUCAAGGUGAUGAAGCAUAUCUCGAGACAAAAUAACGUUGUGGCGAUCAAGGAUCGGAAUGUGUAUUUGUUUAUGGCGAUUAACUUGCUCGUCGCCAUUACUAGUAAUGCGCUUGUCGUGGCCUUUGUCAGUGCCUUGUGUGGCCCUUGCUCAUUAUUUUUACGAAAUACUAAGACGUUCCGCAUAUAUCCUUUGGCCUCCUCUGCGGAGCAGCCGUCUCUCAAGCAGGCAUCAAUUCUCGUGCAUGGAUGGGGCUCACAAAGCCCUCAAGGACGGCACUCAAUCACUAGACGCCAUGCUUCCACCUGUGGACAUGGCGCUGCCCGUCAGAGAGGUACGAUAUUGAUGGUCUUGGAGGCCCCGACGAUGAUCGGGUAUGACUUGGAGCUCUUGACGCUGAACGCGGCCAUUUGA